UUGGCGCUUUCAAUUGGCAAAGAAAGUGAAGAAUUUGACUCUGCCAUCUGGUGGAAACCGAAGGAAACUCGUAGAAAAUUCGAUUAGCCACCAGAUGGAAGCAGAAUUGAUGCGGUUCUGGCUUUGGAUUUCUCAAUGUGGAGAGCAACGUGUUUGGGUUUUCGGUCUCUUUAAAUUAUAACAAUUUCUGCCAACAGUCUACAUCCAUUAAUAGUUACCACACACAUAAAUAUAUCUACACAUUUUCUUACCAAAAUGGAAAAGGAGUUGAAGGACCUUUUUGGUGAUGAUUUUUUGGUACCUUUAUCUGAAUUUUGUGAAAGUCUAGAAUCAAAUGAUAUUGACACACUAUUAGACAAAUUUGAAGAUGAUGACCCUUUUUGCGAUAUUAUGGAUGACAAUUUUUCCCUGUUUGAUGUUUCCCUUAGUCCAUCAUCAUUAGAAAGUGAAUUCUCUACUAGCAGCCACCAAUAUACUUCAAAUGUCCACCAAGAGAGGAGAAGAUCAUCAUCUAAUUCAAUCAGCACAAUUAAAGUAGCCGAUACUAAAGUUGAUUGUUCAUCUAGGUGUGGAAAUUGGAAAGUAGUUAAACAAGAGACCAAAGUGAUCUGUAGUAGUUCAAGGAACGAUGUAAAGAAAGUGAAAAAGAAGAAGGUAACUGGAAUAUCUCUACUCGCAAAGCCACCUAAAGUUAACAAAGCUAAAAAACAGUUAAACGGAACUAGGAUAUGUCCCACUAGGUUUGCAGCUUACUUUUAUCAACAUCAUGAUUAUUGCUCUAAUCCCAAUAAGAUAGCAAAUAAUAGUUCUACAGAAGCAACAGCAUCAUCUCCUUAAUUAAAAUCUCUUCCGCUAAAUACCCUUCUCCAAUCUAACUAACUAUCUCUCGCUGUCUCUAUCUUUCUACCUCCUCUCUAUGUAUCUCUGUAUCUCUUUCUUUUCUCUUUCUUUUCUGUCUGUUCUAGUAUAUCUAUUAUAAUCUAUUUCUCUCUUUCUCUUUACCUUAUUCCUUCUUCCUUACUUUUUCUCUCUUACAUUUCUCUGUCCCAUAUUCUCACUCUGAUUUCUCUCUCUCUCUCUCUCUCUCUUGUUCUUCAACAACAAAAAAUCCUACAAAAAAAACACAAAAACAAACAAAAAUUGCUUGAUAAAAAAAUAAGAUACAACCAAACUUUGGCUAAAAUAUGUUUAUGUAUUUCUCAAGAAAUUAAUAAUAAAUAAAUAAAUUAAUGGCA